AUGAAUUUUCGAACUCGCUCAUUUUUACUUUCACAUGUACAACGUACACUUGAUUUUUAUGAAAACUCAGUUGAUCCUAAAGGCGGUCUAUAUCAAUUCUAUAAAGAUGAUGGAACAAUUUAUGAUCCACACACUCGGCAUUUAGUAUCAUCAACACGAUUUGUAUAUAAUUAUGCUAUGGCAUAUGUUCAUUUUGGCAAAGAGGAUUAUCUUGAACGUACACGUCACGGUCUGGAUUUUAUUCGAAAUGUUCAUCGUAAUCCAGAAACAGGCGGCUAUGCAUGGGUUGUUUACGAUGGAAAAGUAGCUGAUGAUGCGAAUCACUGUUACGGGUUAGCAUUUGUGAUGUUAGCUUACGCAUGUGCAGUACGUGCUGGUAUCGAAGAAGCGCGUGAUUGGCUUCGGGAAACGUAUGACGUCAUGGAGGAACAUUUUUGGCUGAAAGACAAAGGUUUAUACGCAAGUGAAGCAACAGGCGAUUGGCAAUUAAAUGAUUACCGAGGACAAAAUGAUAAUAUGCAUUCAUGUGAAGCUAUGCUAGCAGCAUAUGAAGUAACGAAGAAUGAAAUUUAUUUAGAACGUGCAAAAACUUUAGCUAAAGUAAUGACAGAUAGUUCAGAAGAAUUACAUUAUCAAAUAUGGGAACAUUAUCAUGUGGAUUGGACACCGAAUUUUGAGUAUAAUAAAGAUGUUCGAACAAAUAUUUUUCGUCCAUGGGGGAUUCAAACUGGUCAUCAAACUGAAUGGGCGAAACUUUUACUUAUACUCGAUCGACAUGAUCCGCAAGCUUGGCAUCUUGAACGUGCGGUGCGUCUGUUCGAUCGUGCAAUGAAAUAUGGUUGGGAUGAAGAAAAUGGUGGAUUAGUUUACGGAUAUGACCUUGAAGGUAAUCUAUAUGAUGGCGAUAAAUAUUUUUGGGUACAAGCGGAAAGUUUAGCAACAGCUGCUUUACUUGGCGAUAGAUUAAGCGAUGAAAAAUAUUGGCAAUGGUAUGAUAAAAUAUGGGAUUAUAGUUGGAAAUAUUUUGUUGAUCAUCAAUAUGGCGCAUGGUACAGAAUAUUAACACCUACAAAUGAAAAAUAUUCCGAUGAAAAGUCACCUGCAGGAAAAACAGAUUAUCAUACAAUGGGUGUUUGCUAUGAAGUACUUAAUGUGGUUGAUAAAGAAUGA